CCGCUGUGACGUAGCACACGCUCUCCCAGCAUGCACCGCGGGGUCUGCAGCAUAUUGUUGACAAAGAAAAACAGGGCUGAAGAGGAACAACAACAGGCUGGAUCAGAGGCACCGACACCAACGUUAUCCCCUCGUACUGACCACAAGUAACACCUCUUGGCCCUGAGGCGAUGAGAGCGGGAAGUGGCGUUUCCACCUAAAGGGAGUUCACACAGCGUGAUAGUUCGUGGAGAGAGGGGUGGGGGGACCCAGGCAGGCCGUGGACGGGGAAGGGGAAGAGCUCAGCUGGAGCCAAUGCAGCAGCAGCAGCAUCGACAGCCUGAGCUGGUGGAAGGAAGCCUUCCCGUGUUCGUGUUCCCCACUGAGCUCAUCUUCUACGCUGAUGAGCAGACGUCCCACAAGCAGGUGCUCACCCUGUACAACCCCUAUGAGUUCGCCCUCAAGUUUAAAGUGCUGUGCACAGCGCCAAACAAAUACACUGUGGUGGAUGCCACCGGAGCGGUCAAGCCACAGUGUUGUGUUGACAUAGUAAUCAGACACAGAGAUGUGCGAGCGUGCCAUUAUGGGGUGUACGACAAGUUCCGACUGCAGGUGUCGGAGCAGAGUCAGCGGAAAGCCCUGGGCCGCAAAGAGGUGUCGGCCACGCUCCGGCCCUCAGCCUCGCAGGAGCCGCCCAGCCCACGGCCCCAAGAUGAGGAACGCAGAAUCAAAGAGCAGUUUGCAGACAGCGAGUUUUUUGAGCAGACUGCAAUUCAGACAGAGAGCCGUCCUGUUGCUGGGGGCCCCAGCCUGCUGACGGUGCUGCUUGGGCUGGUGUGUAUGGCUGCCCUGAUGCUCCCGACCCUGGGGGAGCAAGACUCUACUGUGCCUCUCUACCUCCACUUAAGUGUUAACAAGAAACUUGUAGCUGCUUAUGUUCUCGGUCUUCUUACAAUGGUCAUCCUACGCACAUGACGUGCUGUGAGCUGGGAAGAGUAGAAAAAAAUGAUCUAAAGACAAAGAACAUCCUCACACCGGAGGCUCUGCUACGCUACUACGAGUGCAGUGGACAGCAGGGGGGACGUGGUACUUACUCAGUUAGCUCCGUCCCUGGCAACAUACAUUAUGCUAUACUUGUUUUCAAAACCAUGUAUUUUUGUUUUUGCGUUAACUGACACAAAGGUGAACUGAGGCAGACCUCCAGUGUAUAGGUCCAAAGGAGAGGUAGAGCGAGAGGAGCCGUCCCUGAGCGGGGCCUGUGGAGAAACACGAGGCCAUAUAAAGUGUUGUUUGACCUCAUA